CUGCGCCAGCAUCGACUUUUACCUCGGAAGCUCUUCUCUCGAUUUCACUACACGCCAAAGUCACGAAUACUCCUUACAAUAUAUAACUGUUGUUCUACUUACUCGUGCACUCCCUCUCGUUGUCGCGUGUCGCGCACUCGGGGCUUUUCCUACAUACAUAAUUAUCCGCCUCUCUGGCGUAUAAAAUUUCUUCCCCACCACCGCUAUCGUCGCCUUCGCCGAGUGUGAUCCCUCCCCCACGCACACGCACACGCGCGCGUACUGUUACAUUCGGCUCUCAUCGAUCGAUCGCUUCGUCAAAACUAUAGUCUGUCCAAGCGCGCGAUACUUACCUGACGUGAGUGUAUAAUUAUCGUACGUGUGUAUAUAUAUAUUUAUAUACGCGUUACCCCAGUAGUGUGUCAUAGAGUUACUUGGUUCAGUUCUAUUUUCGGGCAUUAGCACCCCUUGCGAGGCUGCAUAGUUUCCCGACCCUCGGGGCAAAUAGUCUGUUUGCUGGUGGGAUUUCUCCCCUAGCGAAAAGAAGAGAGACGGAAAAAAAAAAUCAACCAGCUUUGACCAAAAAAACUAGCGGCAGCAAAAUGGGUUUCAGCAACAGCAACAUCAACAAAACCAACACCACCAACUGCAUCGACAGUAACAAUAAGAUGUCUGAGCACAACCCGGAAAUGAGGGCUACUGCGGCGCGCAUUUGCCGCGACUACUUGUAUGGUGUGUGGAAAAACGUUACCCCAGAUAAUAUUGUUCUUAAAAGGAUCAGCGGCGGUCUGAGCAACUGGCUGUACAACGUCCAGCUUCCCGAAAACGCGAUACCGGUGCGUGGCGAGCCAAGACAGGUCCUGCUGCGGCUGUACGGCCAGGUGCACGGGGAGCGCGCCCUCGAGGGCCUCAUCACCGAGUCCGUGAUCUUCACCCUACUGUCGGAGAGGCGGCUGGGCCCGAAGCUCCACGGCAUAUUCCCGGGCGGCCGCAUCGAGGAGUACAUACCUGCGCGGCCCUUGCUCACCAAGGAGCUCGCCGAUCCGAGCCUCAGUUGCCUCAUAGCCGAGAAAAUGGCCCAGAUACACAGCAUGCAGGUGCCGAUCAGCAAGGAGCCUACUUGGCUCUGGGACACGGCCAACAAGUGGCUGGACACAGCCAAUGACAUUCUCGAGAACGUCGAGGAUAUCGAUGGCAAGCAUCUCGAAAACGUCAACUUCAUCAAGGCCGCCGAUCUUGAGCACGAAAUCAAGUGGUUGAGGUCUCUAGUCAAUAAACAGAAACACCCGGUUGUAUUUUGCCACAACGACAUGCAGGAGGGCAACAUUUUGCUCCGCCAGAACUCCCAAAAGCCCGAACUGGUGGUAAUCGAUUUUGAAUACUGUUCCUACAAUUAUCGAGGCUUUGACGUGGCAAACCACUUCCUAGAAUGGCAGUACGAUUACACGGUGCCUACAUAUCCCUUCUUUACCGAGCGAGCUGGAUCUGUACCGACCAAAGAACAAAAGCUCAAUUUCAUAAGGAGCUAUUUGAGGUCCACUGGAAAAGAGAGCCGUGCAGAGGAGGAUCGCAUCAUGGCAGAAGUCAAGCUGUUCUCCCUCAUUGGUCACUUAUUCUGGAGCCUAUGGAGCAUAGUCAAUGCCAAAUUCUCACAAAUUCCCUUCGGAUAUUGGGAUUUCGCGGCUCUCAGGCUAAGGCACUAUCUGGAAAUGAAGGAAAAGAUUGUCGUAUCAGGAUCGCUACACCUAGACGAUGGCAACAAAAAGAAAAUAACGCAUCUGGAUUGAAGAGAAUCUGCACUGACGUAGGUCGUGAGUGUAGUCCUCUCUAAAUGUCCACCAAUCAAUCAGCAAAAAGAUCCAAUCAAUGUCAAUCGGAGCUCUCGACGAGAACUUGGAUUUGACUGCGGCCCUCACUGCAUCUGGGUGUAUGGAAGGUACAGUCCGUAAGUCUUCGAUUCUCGUCGAGACGUAGCACAGAAGACAAAGGCUGACAUGGAGGAAGACCAUCGACGAGCUUCUGCCAAAAGAGUCUUUACGGAUGGUGUGAGAGCUGGCUGCGAGCCAGUUUGUCGAAUCCAGCAUGGUAGAAGAUACCUUGCAUUUCGGUUCGUACAUCGUCACGGACUCGGGCUGUGCUAUAAAAUAUUCUUUGAUUUCUAAUUCAAAGAAUUGCAGUGGCCAGGUUCAAGAUCAGUUCUCAACGAAGACGUGGAAAUGAGAAUGUGGUAUAGUUGGGCAGGGAUUUCAAGUCAAUGAUAACGACAACGACGACGACAAAGGUGCGAAUCCAGCCAUCUAUGAUCAGGCGUUUACUGAUGCACGUGAUUUUGAUGGACGUCGACGACAAUCGCGAAUAACGAUAGGUCAGUUAGUGGCGUUUGACUUUUGAUAACGGGUAACUGUCUUUGUGUUUGAUGCUGGCACGGCCUGAGGCUAGCUUUGAUUGAAUUUAAUUCUGUUGUUACAUGCAUACAAAUGAUUAUGAUUCCUCUUUAUAGUAUUAUAUUUUCGAAAAAACGAGAAAUUAUGAGUAGUAAUAGUUACUGAAUGCCACAUCCUCACAGAUAUGAGAGUCAUUGAUUAUAUUCUGGAAGUAUAAGUUAGGUAGGAACAUGUAGAUGUCAAAAGAGAUCGUAAGAUAAUUCGAUUAAAAGUAUUACGUAUGAUAUUCCAAUGAAGUGUACCAUGGUUUGUACAAAAAAAAAUAGUUGUAACAUUCGAGAAAUUCAUUAAUUUGGUCGCACAAAAUAUCUGAAUAAAUGGUAUUAGUUUUAUUUGUUUGCAUAAAAUAAAAAAAUUAAAAAAUACCUAAAUUGACAUCUCAAUAUGUAUUCCUCUGCAACAUCUAAAUGUUUCUAUCCAACAGUUUCUGUAGAAACUUACGUCAACUUCCGCCUUUAACAAUAAAAAAAGUACUUACAGAAAAUAUAUACUUAUACAAAUGAAAUGUAAAAAAAAUGUUUUUAAAAUGCUAACUUAAGAUUCUGCGAAGACAAUACCUUACAAUUAAUCGUUCACUUUUCGAACGAUGUGGUACAAAGAGCGCGUUUUUGCAGAAUCUUAUUGACUUCAACGUACUUGAACGAUAAGCGUGCGAUCGAGAAUGUUUUUUAUGGUAUUUGCUAAUGACGAGAAUCUUGAUACGAAAAUAGGAAUACACUUAAGUCUGACAAAGUAAUAUGAAAAGAAUGUUUAAGCGAUGUGUAAAUUAAUGUACAUGAUACUUUAUUUGUUUUGUAAUCGUUGUACUUAAAAAUAUUUUCACAAUGUUUUUAGGAAUAUCAGAAAAUUUACUUCGAUACUUUAUUUUAUCUUCAUAUAAUCAUUUUAAGCCUAGAAUUAAAAAUCUUUAACUUCUACUUUAAGUAGAAACACUUUUGCAAAUAAUCUGAGUCGAGAAAAAAUAAACUUUAUAAUUUUAUUAA